UUUUAGUGACAGACAUUCUUAACCAGGCUCUUUAGUGAAGUGUACACUAAAGCUGACUGUGACUAUGUAGGAGUCUAUAACAUCUGUGAAGGAUCUAUACUUGAGCUUUGUGAAUCCACAGCAAACAUGAUGACCUUGGCCAAAGCUCUAUAUGACAACACUGCUGAGUGCUCUGAUGAGCUGGCCUUUAGGAAGGGGGACAUCCUCGUGGUGAUGGAGAAAAGCGUGGAGGAUACCAGUGGAUGGUGGUUGUGCUCGCUGUACGGGCGCCAAGGUCUGGUCCCUGCAAACCGUCUGCGUCUCCUCUCGCCGACCACCAGAUUUCCCACUGCUACCCUUGGGCCUAUGAGGGACAAAACGCCACCAUCAAACCAUCAAAGCAGCACCAAUAGUCUGCAUAACAUCUACCAGAUACCAACUGCACCCAAACCCAGCAAUGGAGAGAGGACAGAGAUAGUCUAUAAGGUUCCAUCUGUUCCUCUGUCAGCGAGUCCCAAAUUAUCAACUUCUAAGCAGGCCUCUGAUGAACAGGAGGGCGACAAGCCUUUCAACAUGGCCACCUUGCCCAGAGGGGAGCUUUAUGAUGUCCCGAACCAAGGAAGACGAGGGUCUUUCUUCCCUGUAUCAACUACCCCACGGUUGUCAUACCGUAAAAACUCACUGCAAAUUUCAGCAAUGCAUAAAAGUUUUGACUCAGCUCGACAUUUUGAAUGUGAAAGAUCGAAAGACUCUUGUAUUUAUGAUGUUCCACCCAAGUCACCGCAGCACCUCAACUAUGAUAUUCCCAUCCCCUCAGUCACAGACCCACAAAAGACAACCAUCAGUGGCCACAGCACACUGCCUCUGCUGCAAAAGCCUGAGUGGAUCUACGAUGUUCCGAUGAGUCCUGACAGACAAAGUCCUCCUCAGAUUAUUUCUGAGCUGAGUCCAUCAAGACUUAUGUGUGAACAGCAACUGUAUGACACACUUCCGACACGGAAAGAUCUUGUCCAAAAGUACCAAAAAUCCCCUCUAUUAUACAAUGUUCCAAAAGCCAGAUUUGUUGAUAGCCCUCCCUCUUUAAUACCAAAACCUCAAAUUCCUUUAAGACAACUCAAUAGUGUGCAAGAAUCAGUAUAUGAUCUUCGGUCUGACGAUCACAUCCCUCUAGAGUGCAGGUUUGAACCUCCUGAAGCUACCAAGAUACCUUUAUAUCGAAAGAAGGCUUGUUCAUCACUGCACACUAAUUCAGGUCAUGGGUCUAUGUUACUUGAUGAGAAUGACCAAAAUCAAAAUCAACGAAUUAGUACGGCUUCCAGCUCCUCCAGCAGCUCUUGUGACUCCCUAGCACUGUCAUCACCUUCUCCAGAGCCUCUAAGGGAAGUACUUUUGUGGCAGGAAGAUGUCUGUUUAAAACUUUUGGAGCUCCAGGACGGGGUUUGCAAAGCAGUGGCCCAAAUCAUGAACUUUGUGAGCAGUGGCUGGAGGAGCAAGAACCACAUGGAGAAACAUUUGGAAGAGAUCAGGGAAGCAGCUCUAGAAGUCACCUUAUCACUCAACGGUUUUCUCAACUAUGCUCUGGACAUUAAAAGCAAUGCACGUAGACUAACAGAUGCUAACCUGCAGGCCAGACUCUACAAACAGCUGUGUGUGGUGGAGGACUCAGGGGUUGUCCUCCAGCAGACACUGAGUGCUCUGAAUGCAGCUGGCUGGACUUUAGACCUGUUGAGUCAAGAAACAGGCCAAGCUCAAACACCAGACCAGCUGGAGAGAUUUGUAAUGGUGGCACGAACCAUUCCCGAAGAUGUGAAGAGGCUUGUGUCUAUGAUAAAUGCAAAUGGAAAGCUCUUGUUUAAGCCAAAAGAAUCAGAGCUAAUACACAGUGGUGCAUCAAGCCCACCCAAAGGCCCAGAGACCGGUGACCAGGAUGUGAACGAGGGGGAGGAUGACUAUGUUGAACUACAGACAAAGACUGAUUUUGAAAACCAGCAAAAGGUGAAAAAAGAUCCAGUGGAAAAUGUAUUGAAUGAUAAGAAACCCACUUUGUCAGAGGCUCCAGGAGAAACCGAUGAGCAGCGACCUUUGUCUCUCUCAGAACACUGCAGGCUGUACUUUGGGGCUUUACAGAAGGCUAUUGGAGGAUUUGUCUGCUGUCUCCAGGAUGGCCAACCCCCAGAGAAGUUUAUCUCUCAGAGCAAACUGGUGAUCAUGGUGGGACAGAGGCUGGUCAACACGCUGUACAAAGAGGCUCAGCCUGCAGAAUUCCGCCAGAGCCUCUUGUGUAAAAGUAACCAUUUGUGUGCACUGCUCAAGCAACUGGCUGUGGCCACAAAGAAGGCAGCGCUGCAUUACCCUGAUCGUCAGGCAGUGCACGAGGCUCAGGAGUUUGCCCAAGAGCUGGCCCAAAGAGCACAGCACUUUCGCCUGUCACUGGAACUCUGAGUGUUCCUCUGCCUGUCAGCCAGAUGCACUUAUUAUUAAAAGGGCAAUGUUUUAUGAAUACAUUAUUAUUCUGCUCAUUUUAGUCCGCAUUUGUUUGAGGUACUUGGUUGAUCAGUUAUUCUUAAAAUGAAAAAAACAUAAUCAGUAUUGGUUUUUGUACUGAGAUGUAUUCAUGUUUAAGAUUCACAUGGAAGAUGUGAUGUUGGAAAGGAUAAUAAUUACUUAGAAACUGUACAACUGUGAUAGUUGAGUUAUUUACUGUAUUUGUAAGAGGUGUUAUUGCUUAUUUAUUUGUAACUUUUGUAUUAUUCUCACUGUAUGUGUAUAAUACAAGAGUACUCCUGGUCUAACUGUAUUCUGUAAAUAGUCAAAUAUGCAUUCCCAUCUUUUGUUGACAAAAGAUCCCUUUUGUUGGUUUUAAAUGUGCAUAUGCUUUGAUAUUGUCAUAUCUAAAAUAAAUAAUUCUGCAUAAACUUU